CGCUGCGCCCACAGACAGGAUGAGACCGGAACCGGUGUGCAGAAUAUACAUCCCCAAUUAAUUAAAAGCGGACCAGAGCUUUUUUCCUAACAAGUCAUCUUCCUGCGGUCAUCUGUUUGCUUUUUUAAACGUUUUAUUGGGACUAAAGCCAAAAUAAAACCCGAAGAGGAAAUAUUUCAGAAUUUGGGAUUUUAUUGAUUGGACUGCAGCCGAAGCGCAAAGGAAAGUUCUCGUUAAGUAAAAGUUUUGUCAGAUUUUUCUCGCCGCGUUUCAAACGUUUCCAUCUGUGGAGCGAAGCACGUUUUGUGAAAUUACAGAAGAAAUGUGAAGACGAAUUAGAAUCUUGGACGCACCGAGACAAAUCCCUGCUCCUCGUUCUCACAGGUCAGAUGUGUGUGUGUGGAUGUAAAACGUUGCUGUUAGCUGAGAGUUUUAGGUUCUGUUACACCUCUCCCAGCUGUAACUCGAGCAUCCUAACCGUCAUCUCUGCCAACAAACCGGGGCGCCCCGAGCUGGAGGUGCCGCAGGGGACGCCAUGGGACGAUCCAAAUACUAAUGUAAUGGGUUGUUGAUGGAGAGGAUUUCGAAUGUCAGCCGGGACAGUGGUCAUCGCAGGAGGAAUUCUGGCUACAGUCAUCUUACUGACCAUCGUCGCUGUACUGUGUUUAUGUAGGUUGCAGUAUUACUGCUGUAAGAGGGAGGAGUCUGAGAAGGGGGAAGAGGAGGAACCGGGGCUCGCCACCAUGUCGCCUUCCUGGCCCCUGGCUCUGUCUGCCCCCCCUACACCUCCAACGCCGGAGCACUGCGGCAACGACCCAGAGAACUACACCCCCACCUUCCUCACUGAGGCCAACGGGCCUGCCAGCUAUUUCCCAACACCUCCGCCGCGCAGGUGCCAGCGCUCACACGCCUUUUGCCCAUCCUGCGCCCGCUGCUCGCUGCCCUUCUACCUGCAGCACCCGGAGAGGCUGUACAACGGUGGGCGCAGAAUCAGCUACAGGACUGUGCAGCAGCAGGACCUGGAGCUGCCCAUAGAUCUGGCCAGCUUCUACCAGAAGCUCAACCUCAUCCGUUCCGUCACCAUGAGGGAGGUGGUCAACCACAGCGUCAGCACUGACGUCUAGGAGCAGGCAGUGGGGAAAGCCACGCCGUCCUGCAGACCUGGAGGAAAGUUGCACUGACUCGGUGAUGUCUGCUAAAUACACAAAAUGACUUUGUGUUGUGCUGUGGGUUCAGCAUUAAUGGUGUGCUGCACUAAUGUACUGCAACACUGAGGGCUUUUGGGUGAUGUAGGCUAACACAUCUCCUGGCAGCCAUAUUGCAGAUCUACAGCUCUGGAGCGACUGCUACAGUAACAGCUGAACAUUUGUUUCUGAGAGACUUGAACAGACUCAUUUUUGUCAAGUUAGACUUAAAAAUGAUCAUUUUGUGACCAGUAUGUCUGAUUUUGCUGUUUAGAAAAUUAGCUUGUUUGUUAAUUAGCUAGUUAAGUAGCUAAGCAAUAUGUGUAUCAAAGUGUAAAUAAGAAAAUUCACAAUUUGAGCUUUUGUCAGUAAAGUAAACACAGAUUUAGUUGUAAUGCACCACACAAGAGACAAAAGUGGAGGUAAAUGUCCUGUGCAAACAGGAGGUUUUCUAAAUGAGGCUAAUGGCUAGUUAGCUAUCUAGCUUACUCUGAAAUCUCUUCUAAAGAAGAAGUCAAGGAUGUUUAAAGAGAACUGAAUACAGCAUUUGAGCCAGGCCCCUUAAUUCCUAAGGUCUGAAAAUUUCUCAGUGGUGCAUGGCGCAUGAAGCACUAAAGACUUCCACUGACCAGGCCGGCUACCCCUAGUUUAGCUCUUUGCUAAUUUGAAUGGAGAGCAUUGAUUUAUUUGUGCGACUCUUCUAGACUUACCAAAUGUUAUUGGAUCGAAUGGAUCAAAAAAGUAAUUUCCCAGGGGUUGUGAUGCUCAAAAACCCUAUCCACUUAUUAACAGAUAUCUCUUUUGCCGUGUAAGUCUGUGGAAAAAAAAGUCUUUUCGGGGCAGAGGGCAUCCCGUGACAUUGUAAUUCCACUGUUUGACCACUAUGUCAAAAUGUCUCAAAGCCCGGGGGGGAGCUAUGUGUCUGGUCUUAUCAUGCGUUUCUGUUGACUGUUUGAAUGCAACAGAAAAAAGAUCUGUGAAGGUAUGUGGUUGUCGGGGGAGCUCUGCUAUGCAUUUUCUCUCAGGGAGUCCCCAGAACUUUGUUUGGUCCAAAAACACAGAUAGUCAACAAAUCCUACGUGCAGACCAAAACCAACAGUGGAUGUAUCUACUAAGAAGUGUUGUGUGUGUGUGUGUAUCAAAGCAUUAUCUUCCUCUCUGUCA